AUGAUCACGCCGUCGUUUUCCGUCACUCAAGAUGAAGAGUUUGUUUUCAUCGAGAUCAACGCGCCUUACAUCAAGGCUCAAAACAUUGAAAUGCACGUUGCAGACGAGACAUUUAUCUUCAGUCUAAAGCCAUACUACCUGCGACUACGCUUCCCUGCGCCCUUAGUCGAGGAUGACCGCGCUCAUGCCUCCUACGACGUCGGCGCCGGCGUUAUCUCCGUCAAAUUGCCCAAGGAGAACAAGGGUGAACAUUUCCCAGACUUGGACCUGAUCUCAAAGCUAUUGGCGAGGUCUGGGGAAGCUGCUUCUGCGACUGCACCAGAAGCGCGGGUUCAGCUUCCGUUGAUUCAAGUUAUGGAUGAUGGAUCGGGCGAGAAUGCUGGUGAUGCGAUGGUGGAUGCGCAGAAUGAUCUUGCUCAAGCGAGUGAGUUUGAUUGGGAACUUCCGCAGGAGGUAGCGCCUGAUGUUUCGGAACUGUUACAUGCCAAAUAUGGGUUCAAUCUCAUGUAUCAGGGACACUUCACAUAUGCGCAAGAAACGGCAAAUGAUAUCAAUGAGAUUAUGGAGCCGGAAAAGUCAACGGCUGAGUCGAGAAAGAAUGAGAGGUUGAUGAAGGAGGAGGUGAAAUUUGAUGAGGCAUAUUACCAGACGGACUUUGUUCACACGGAGGAGAUUGACGAGUGUAUCAAGUGGAAGUCACCGGCGUGGACUGCUCUGAGAGAGCUCCAGAAGGCCGAGAAAACCCAGUCAGAAGACCCAACCACCUCAUCCCCCGAAAUCACCUUCGACGACAAGGAAACAGAAGCCCUCCUUCGUCUCCCCCGCCGCGAAUACAUCAUCUCAGACCCCCGCUCCCUCUACCUCUGCCUCAUUCCCCUCCUCUUCGCCCACGCCUACGACACGCGCACAACCCUCAACGACCCAACCCCCGAAUCCGCCUGGACAAUCGGUAAGCUCUCACCCACAAUCGCCUGUCUCGACUCCUCUUUCCAAUCGAUUCGCGAAGUGAUGGUAGCGUGUACGAGGCGAGCUUUAAGUUAUCCCCUGUAUAGGAACUGGAAACUGGUGGAGAAGUGUUGGGAAGAUGUGUAUUGUGCACUGAGGCUUGGGAAGAGGUGGGUGUUGAAGUGUUUGUUGGGGGUUCGGGAGAGGUUUGAGUGGCAUGACGUUUAUUACAUCUAUAACAAGAUUAUUGUGGAGGAUUUUUGUGUGUGGAUUCAGAGUGCGAAUGAUAAUGUGAUUAGGACGUUGGCGCAUGAGGUGCGGCAUUGCACGCUGGCUAAGAGUGAGACGGGGUGGGAUUUGGAGGAGUUAGAGAGCAAAACUUCGCAAUAGAUUACUUCACAGGAAUCAUAACUCUCACGUUGAGCAGGGUCGAGAGGGCUGUGCUAGGUUGAUAUCAGAGCGGUGGUCGGAAUAUGGGAAUGAUACCCGGACCUUUUGGGUAGGCAAUCGCUAGAAUACGAUUCGGUUAGAAACCACGCAUUUGUACGCAUG